AUACAAAAUAAGAAUACAAAACCGAAACCCUAAUUAGAAACUAGAAUAAAACUCUGGAUCCCCCCUUCUCAAUUCGUAGUUACAGUGAGAUUGAUCUGUUCUUUUAUUCUUGUUUAUAUUGUGUUUCUUAUAAUUAUUUUAAUCAGGGAAUAUUGAGGGAGGGAAAAUCUAGGGUUAGGACUUUGAUACUUUGGCGGGGAUCAUCGGCAUCCGUCAAACGGGUUAACAGCUCGGGUCGGACCCUCCCAUGGCAAAUUCCGGUGGCGGGAAUAAGUUCGUUUCAGUGAAUCUGAACAAGUAUUAUGCCCAACAAUCAUCUAAACAGCACUACCAUUCACAUCAUUCGGGUUCCUAUGAGUCAAAUCGGGCACGUGCCGGUGCUGGCAGUGGAGGAAUGGUGGUUCUUUCACGUCCUCGUAGCUCCCAAAAGAGUGGGUCCAAGUUAUCUGUUCCACCCCCCUUGAAUUUACCAUCAUUGCGAAAGGAACAUGAGCGAUUUGAUUCUUUGGGACCCGGUGGUGUGCCCGCCUGUGGAGGCGCUUCCGUGAGUGGGCCAAGGCCUGGUUCGUCCGGAAUGGGAUGGGCUAAACCCGGUUCAGUUGCUUGGCAGGAGAAAGAAGGGUUGGUUGGUGGUGAUGAUCAUGUGAAUGACGGGGUUGAUCGUUUGAAUGCUGAUGAUGGGAUGACUAAGGUAAGUAGUGGUGUUUAUAUGCCGCCUUCUGUUAGGUCAGGGUCAACUUCCUCCAUGUCUGCUUCAGCGAUAGGUUUUCUGCCUUUGGAUAAAGCUACAGUUUUGAAGAGAGAGGAAUUUCCUUCAUUGCAAGCAGCAUUACCUGUUGUAUUAGGGGCUGAAAAGAAACAGACAGAUGGUUUGAAUCAGAAGCAGAAGCAAUUGGCGAUGGCAGGUCAGGAGUUGUCUGAUAAGCAUGGGGACGGAUCGCGAUCAAAUUCAGUUACUGAUAUGCUUCCUCAAUUGCGGUCAGGGCGAAUUGCCGUUGACAGUGAAUUGAGUGAGAAAGGUGGAGAAGCUCGUCGUACAAGUGGUUCUCGUUUAUUAGAACAAGGCAGGAAGCAGGAUGAGUACUUCCCGGGGCCACUUCCUUUGGUUCGUUUGAAUCCAAGAUCUGAUUGGGCUGAUGAUGAGCGUGAUACGGGUCAUGUUUCGGACCACAGGAGGGAUCAGGGCUAUUCGAAAACUGAAGCGUACUGGGAUAGAGAUUUCGAAAUGCCAAGGGCUGGUGUACUUCCAGAUAAACCAGCUCACGGUCUUUUUGACAGGAGGGGACUGCGUGACAAUGAUGCUGGAAGAACACUUUCCAGUGAAGUCGCUAAAUUGGACCCUUACAGCAUCGAUGCAAGACUACCAAGUAGAGAAGUGCGUGAAGGAAAUGCAUGGAGAGCCUCUUCUCCUCUUCCUAAAGAUGGAAUUGGGACUCAAGAGAUUGCUAGAGACAGAAAUAGUGUUGGCACAAGGCCUUCAAGUAUGAACAGAGAAAAGGAAAAUAAGUACACUUUGUCUUUCCGGGACAAUGCUCAGGGUGAUAAUGGAAGGAGGGAUUUGGGUUAUGGAAAUGGAGGAAGACAAGCUUGGAACAACUCCGCAGAUUCUUUUAAUAGUAGAGGGUCAGAGAGGAGUACAAGGGAGCGUUAUGGCAAUGAACAGUACAAUAGACACAAAGGCAAUGCUUUCCAGAACAGUUCUUUAUCAAAACCAUCUUUUCCUUUGGGUGGGAAAGCAGUUUCUCUUAAUGAUCCUAUACUUAAUUUCAGUAGAGACAAACGGCCUUUGUCCAAGAACGAAAAAUCUUAUCUAGAAGACCCUUUGGUGAAGGAUUUUGGGGCCACGAGAUUUAAUGGAUGGGAUCCUUUUUCUGCAAACCUUGUUGGGGUUGUUAAGAAGAAGAAAGAUACCGUUAAGCAAACUGAUUUUCAUGACCCUGUCAGGGAAUCAUUUGAGGCUGAACUUGAGAGAGUGCAGAAAAUGCAGGAACAGGAGAGGCAGCGAAUUAUUGAGGAACAGGAGAGAGCACUGGAGCUAGCUCGUAGAGAAGAAGAGGAGAGACAGCGGUUGGCAAGGGAACAAGAAGAGCAGCAGAGAAGGUUAGAAGAAGAGGCCAGGGAAGCUGCAUGGAGAGCUGAACAAGAGAGGUUAGAUGCUUUGCGAAGGGCAGAAGAACAGAGAAUAGCCAGAGAAGAGGAAAAACGCAGGAUAGUUAUGGAGGAGAAAAGAAGAAAGCAGGCUGCUAAACAAAAACUCUUAGAGUUGGAAGAAAGGAUUGCCAAGAGGCAGGCUGAAGCAGUGAAGGGUGUCCGUGCAGAUGAGAAAAUACCAGGGAUGGCAAAAGAAACAGAUGCAUCAAAAGCAACAGGUGUGAGUGAUUGGGAAGAUGGUGAAAGGAUGGUGGAAAGAAUCACAACUUCAGCUUCUUCUGAUUCUUCUGGUCUAAAUAGAUCCUUUGAGACGGCUUCUAGGCCUAGCUUGUCUUAUGCUGCUGCUUCAUUUUCAGAUAGAGAUAAGCCCUUUAAUUCAUGGAAGAGAGAUGUAUUUGAGUAUGGAAACAACUCUGCCUUCACUGGGCAGGAGAUAGAGAAUGGACACCAUAGCCCCAGGCAAGAUGUAUCUACUGUGAGUAGACCAUUUCCCAGGAAAGAGUUUCAGGGAGCAUCUCCGUACCUGUCAUCCAGGCCUCACUUUAGAGCAGGGGUUCCUGAACCCAGUUUAGAUAAUUUUGGUCAGCCAAAAGGUCAGAGGUGGAAUGGGUCUGGGGCCGAUCAUUAUGGUAGAAAUGCUGAGAUUGGAUCUGAAUAUCAUGAGAAUCUUGCUGAUAAUUAUGGUGAUGUGACAUGGGGGCAGCAUUCUCGUGGUAAUAUUUAUCCGCCUUACCAUGAAAGAUUCUAUCACAACCCUGAGGAUGAUGGGCUUUAUUCCUUUGGGAGGUCACAAUAUUCUGUGAGGCAACCUCGUGUUUUACCUCCUCCAUCUAUGCCCUCAAUGCAGAAAUCUUCAUAUAGAGCUGAGAAUGAGCAUCCUGGUCCAUCAACAUUCCUAGAAAAUGAGGUACAGUACAAUCAGGCAACAAGAUGUGGAUCUAGCAUGGAGAUCAUUUAUGAUGGUGGUCAGCAAGAUGAUCUUGGACAGCAAGGAAUUAUAGAUACUCAGCCUGAUAAUACUGAUAAUGAGGUUCAGAAAUUGGAUGGCAAUGCAGCAAGGUGCGACUCACAGUCAUCUCUGUCUGUUUCAAGCCCCCCUGUUUCUCCUAUUCAUCUUUCUCAUGAUGACUUGGAUGAGUCUGGAGGUUCUGCAAUGUUAUCAGCUGAAGAGAAUAAAGAGGUUGACUUGUCAAGGCCGGAAAUCAAACCCCUUGUGUUACAGUCUGAAGCUGGGAAAGAGAAUGUGCGGACUGCAUCAAGUUCUAUUUCGGCCGGUGAUGAUGAGGAAUGGACUGUUGAUAACAAUGAACUGUUGCAGGAGCAAGAAGAAUAUGAUGAGGAUGGAGAUGGAUAUCUGGAAGAAGAUGAAGUGCAUGAAGGAGAUGAUGGUAAUAUAGACCUGACUCGAGAGUUAGAUGAGUUGCAUCUAGAGGAUAAUGAGUCCCCUGAUAUGAUGGACAACUUGGUCUUAGGCUUCAAUGAUGGGGUUGAGGUUGGCAUGCCAAAUGAUGAAUUUGAAAGUUCACAGAAGGACUCUGCAUAUGUGAUACCACAGAUUUCUAUUGGCUCUCUUGAAGAAAAGAUAUCUUUGGAUGAUAUGCAUAGUGAUAGAAAAAUCCUUCAGUCCAUGGAUGCUCCUUGUCCAGAGGGUUUAGAUAGUUCUUCUAGAAUCCUUCAAGAAACCGAAAAGGGAGUGCAGGAUCUGACUACUCAGCCUAAUACCUCUCCUCAAGCAUCAACAGCAUCUCAGCUGAUUGAUCAUGUGGAUGCUACUAGUUGUACUGGUGUAUCGACAGAGCAUAAUCUCCCCUAUUCUGUCAACAUGGCUUCCCAUUCAUCUUCUGGUCAGAUUAGCAUGCCUACCUCUACUUCUGUUACUAACCACACCGAAGUACCUGUUAAGCUCCAAUUUGGGCUGUUUUCAGGCCCUUCUUUAAUACCCUCUCCAGUUCCAGCCAUACAGAUUGGCUCCAUACAGAUGCCUCUUCAUCUGCAUCCUCAGGUUGGCCCCCCAUCUGUCACCCAAAUGCACCGAUCACAACCUCUCUUUCAGUUUGGUCAGUUAAGGUAUACAUCUCCGAUUUCCCAGGGAUCGCUUCCUUUAGCUCCUCAGUCUGUGUCUUCUGUCCUGCAAAAUGUUCCAGCCAACUUCUCCCUGAACCCAAACCCAAACCCAAACCCUGGAGCUCCUCUGCCUGUUCAACCCAGUCAAGAUACUUCUGGGUUUGAUAUGAUGAAAUGUGAAGUUUCAUCUCCUUUGGAUGAUAACCAGUCUGGUCUUCUGAGGUCCUUACAUUUAUUGCAUGACAACAUGUUGAAUGAGGAAAGUUCCACACAAGCUGGAGAAAGCAGAAAAAGUGUUCUGACACAGCAUGGUACUGUUGAGAUUUCAAAUAUUGGUGCAACUAGGUUCAAGUCAGGUUUCUCUUCUGAAUACCAGGGGCACCAGAAUUCAGUUCAUAGAAACUUCAAAGCAUUGUCUAGUAAACAAUCAGAAGGUGAACUUCAAACUGUUCUGACAUCAUCUCACUCACUUUCAAAAGAGGAAGAUUUAAGUGGACCAAGGGGCCAAACUUAUAAUAAUAGGGGAAAAAAGUAUGUCUUUACAGCUAAAGGUUCUAACUCAAGAUCAGGUUUUCUUGCUUCGGGAUCCUCUCGCAAAGACUCUACUGGAUACCAAAGGAGGCCUCGAUGCACUCGAACAGAGUUUAGAAUUAGGGAAAAUUCUGGUAAGAGGCAGCCUUCUGGAAUCAUUUCUUCAAACCACACAAAUCAAGUAGGUUUGGAUGAAAAUUCUGGUGCCAAUGGAAGGGGUACUGGAUUUUCCGUAACUAAUAGGAUGAGGAAAAUUGUGGUGAGUAAGUCAAAACAGACAGUUGAAUCUGAAUGCCCAAGUUCAGCUCUAGGCAGUUCCCAGGAGAUGGAAACAGGAAACAGGAAUGAGAAGAGAUUGGGAAAAGGUUCACUGAUGAGGAGUCAGAAUAUCACAUACUCUGGUAAAGGUAAUCUUAAGAGGAAUAUCAAGGAAGAUGUGGAUGCUCCUUUGCAAAGUGGCAUAGUGCGUGUUUAUGAGCAACCUGGAAUAGAAGCAGCCAGCGAUGAAGAUGAUUUCAUUGAGGUCAGAUCAAAGAGGCAAGUGCUGAAUGACCGGCGCGAGCAGAGAGAAAAAGAAAUCAAAGCUAAGUCUCGGAUUGCAAAGCCACCACGUAAACCUCGUUCAAUCCCACAAAGCUCAAAUAGAAAUUCUGCUUCAGCUAAUGGAGUAAUGAACAAUGUUCGCACUGAUUUUGUCACCUCCGAGGGACAUAAUCUGGCAAAUACUGAACUAUCAGCAGGAUUUGGUGUAAAUACAGUAUCCCAACCUUUGGCUCCAAUUGGUACUCAUGCCAGUAAAAUUGAUGUACAAGCUGAUAUAAGAGCGCAGGCAGUGAAGUCACUCCAGCCAAGCUCUGUUCAAACCACUUCGGUCGGGGGACCAAGCCUGGUAUCAGGUUUGAUGUUUGAGAGCAAGAAUAAGGUUUUUGACAAUGUUCAGGCAUCUUUUGGUUCGUGGGGUAAUUCGUGCAUUAAUCAGAAGGUGAUGACAUUGACACAGACCCAACUUGAUGAUGCUAUGAAGCCUGUUCAGUUCGAUACUUGUGCUCCCGUUGGAGAUCGCAAUAGCUCAGUUACCGACCCCAGCAUGCCGCCACCAUCAUCCAUACUAUUGAAGGACAAGUCAUUUUCUAAUGCUACAAGUCCAAUAAAUUCUUUGCUAGCCGGGGAGAAAAUACAAUUUGGAGCAGUUACAUCUCCUACAGUUAUUCCUCCUAGCAGCCGUGCUGUUUCACAUGGGAUCGGCCUCCCAGGUUCAUCUCGAUCAGAAAUUCAAAUACCUUGCAAUCUUUCAGCAGCCGAGAAAGAUUGCGCCCUUUUCUUCAAAAAAGAGGAACAUGCAAGUGAAUCUUGUGUCCAUAUGGAAGACUGUGAAGCUGAAGCAGCUGCUUCAGCUGUUGCUGUUGCUGCCAUAUCUAGUGAUGAGAUUGUAGGGAAUGGAAUGAGUACUUGCAUCGUGUCAGCUUCAGAUAAUAAAGGUUUUGGAGGUGUAGACAUUGAUGUUAUUAAUACAGGUGAUGGUGGUCAGCAGUUAGCAAGUCAAUCAAAGGCUGAAGAGUCUCUCAGUGUUUCUCUUCCUGCAGAUCUUUCUGUUGAGAACCCACCAAUUUCUUUAUGGCCUCCAUUAGCCAGUCCACAGAGUUCUUCAAGCCAGAUGAUUUCUCAUUUUCCUGGAGGCCCUCCUUCGCACUUCCCCUUCUAUGACAUUCCCAUGAUGGGGGGUCCAGUUUUUGCCUUAGGACCUCAUGAGGAAUCUUCAUCUACCCAAUCGCAGUCCCAGAAGAAUAGCACACCUGCUUCAGGUCCCUUAGGGACCUGGCAACAAUGCCAUUCCAGAGUAGAUUCAUUCUAUGGUCCUCCAACAGGAUUCACCGGCCAUUUUAUCACCCCACCUGGAGGUAUCCCUGGGGUUCAAGGUCCACCACAUAUGGUUGUGUACAACCAUUUUGCUCCAGUUGGGCAGUUUGGACUAAGUUUCAUGGGUACAACCUACAUCCCAUCUGGAAAACAACCUGACUGGAAGCACAACCCCCCUUCAUCUGCAAUUGGUGAAGGUGAUGUGAACAAUUUGAAUAUGACAGCAUCACAGGGGAAUUCUAGCAACAUACCUGCUCAAAUCCAGCAUCUUCCCCCUGGCCCUGGGUCACCUCUUCUGCCCGUUGCAUCCCCGCUCGCUAUGUUUGAUGUUUCUCCUUUCCAGUCGACCCCCGACAUGUCUGUCCAAGCUCGUUGGUCUCAUGUUCCGGCUUCACCUAUGCAGUCUGUUGCACCUUCAAUGCCAUUGCAGCAACAGGCAGGUGUACUACAUUCUCAGUUCAGCCAUGGGCCUCCUGUUGACCAGUCAUUGAGUAGCAAUAGGUUCUCAGACUCCCGAACAUCAGCAUCCUCUGACAGCUCUAGGAAAUUUCCUGUGGCAACAGAUGCAACCAUAACCCAGUUGCCUGAUGAACUAGGGUUGGUGGAACCAUCUAGCUCCACCAUCCCUGCUGCUUCUGCACAACAUGAUACUAAAAGCCCGUCCCUUACUAAAGUUGCUGAUGCUGGCAAGAAUGAUGGCAUUAGAAGUAGUAGGCAGAGCACAAAUACUGCUCUUAAGGCUGUUCAGUCUUCUUCCCAGCAGAAGAAUAUAGCUUCUCCUCAGCAUUAUGGUAACUCUUCCUGGUAUAAUCAUCAGAGAGGAAAUGCGGUCUCACAAAAGAAUGGAGCGGGUGAAUGGACCCAACGUAGAACAGGUUUCCAAGGAAGGAACCAAUCCAUGGGUGGAGACAAGAACUUCCCCACUUCAAAGAUGAAGCAGAUUUAUGUCGCUAAACAAACCAAUAAUGGUUCGUCAUCUUCGUGAUGAUAGGAAAAUAAAGCUUCGAUGACCCGAUAGCCAAGCAUUUCCUUAACCAUACAGUAUUUUUUUGUGGUAGCAUCGCUUGGAUUAGUAUGGGAAUGGAACUUUAUAUCUGCUGGUAUUUUUGAUUGAAGUUUGCUGCAAUAGUAGUGGUGAAUAGCAGUUUUGUCAUUGGUUUUUGAGUUGUCCAUGUAGGAAGAGAUGGGUGUAUUUGGGGGUAGAAGACGCGAUGUAGUGUUUAGUUUGAAGGAGCUGGUGGUGGUUGUGGGCUCACUCGUUGCCUUUGCCCAUCACUAUCAUGUCCCACUUUGGUAAGACGCAUAAAGUCUUGGGGUUUGAUCAUCAUUUAUUAAAAGCUCUCUAUACAUGACGCAUCCACCUAAUUUUUUUCCCCAUCCAGUAAUGAAUUAUAUGGGCUUUGGGUUUCCCUAAUAUUUAGUUUGGACGGUAAAUUUACUGUUAAAAAUGCUUCUCAUAUAAUCUCUAAUAAUACAAUUUAUUACCGAAUUUGUAAUAUUCAUCUAAUUAUGCAAUUACACAUUUUUACAAA